UUAGUUGAACGUCGAGAAUCCCGGAAGAAGCGUGUUGGUCACUUGACCAGUAGUGGAUUUCUACUGUUUAUGAUAAGUUUUCGUUUUCCUCUCUAUUUUUUCCUUUGCUACACACACUCGGAGGAAUUACUGCAACUCAAGAGCUGGCUCACAUGCACUGAUAUAAAUAACUGACGUUAUUUGAUCAUUGGUAGAGAUAGGUAAAACUGUACCUGCACUGGACUCAACGCUUGAACUUCUAUUUUGCAAGAAGAACCGUAGUUUUUUACAUUAAAAUCUUUUCCUGGAUAAACUGUCCCGGCAUAUUUCACAUUGGGUUGUGUCUGUUCGCGCUGACACUUAAUGUGCUUUCCAAACUGUAAACAUAAAUGGUUCAGAAAGUGCUUAAGUGCUAGAAACAGUUUAACGUGGAUAAGGAAUGGAACAUGGCUACAUCUGAGAUGAUGCUAAGUCUCGGACUAAUUGAGAGAGAUGUAAAUGCAGACACACUUUGGGUGUGGUGUUAUCCUUCCAUCAGUGCUGAUCUGCGAGAAGUUUUGUUAAGAAAAAGUUGCCUGCCGUUGAACAGUCAGGUGCUGCACACAUUUGUGUUUGGACAGUACUGCCGAACCUGGUACUACAUCACCACUGUCGAGGUUCAGGAGCCAACUGUGCUUAAAAAGGUGACACAUUUCUCAAUAGUUAUCACAGCUAAGGACUUCAACCCUGAAAAAUAUGCUGCGUUCAGUAGAGUCCUGUGCAGGACGUAUAUCCAACAUGGAAGUCCUGUGAAGAUGAUGGAAUGCUACAUUGCUGUUCUGACCAAAGGUGAUUGCCAGAGUGAUGAGAAUGGCUCCUUCCUUAUCAAAGAUUACGAUGUCAGGAAGGCCUACCUGGCUGGAUCCUUAAAAGAUGUUGUGUCACAAUUUGGUAUGGAGACUAUCAUCCUUUACACAGCACUAAUGUUGAAAAAGAGAGUAGUGGUCUAUCACCCACGGAUUGAGGCGCUGCUGGAGUUCACUAGAGCUCUUCCUGGAUUGGUAUGGCAUAGAAAAGACUGGUCCAUCCUCCACCCUUUUGUUCACCUUGAUAAUAAUGAGCUGGAAAACCUCAAGCUGUGUACAGGGUAUGUUGCAGGCUUUGUCGAUCCUGAAGUCAGAGACAGAUCAGAUCUGUUUGAUGUGUAUGUUAAUCUUCCAGACAGUGAAAUCACUGUGUCACAAAAUGCCAAAGAGGCAAUGGCUAUGGGAAAACUCCAUAAAGAGAUCGGCAACUUCAUUGUUCAGGCUGCAGAGGACAUGGAGCGUACAGAUGCACAGGUUAUUAAGGAUAUUUCAGUAAAAACUAAGGAGAUCCUCAGAAACCUGAUGUCUCUUGCUGAUGAAGCAGAGAACUCUAAGUUGACUUUGGAGACUCUGAAGCAGCGGCACUACCCUCCAGCCACUGAAAACUUCCUCUUCCACUUAGCUGCAGCCGAGCAACUUCUGAAGAUAUGACCAACCAGUGCACCCCGUUCAACUGGCAAGCCUCACAGUAACCAAUCAGAGAGGAUCUUACCAUUCAUUGUCAAUCACACAUUGAAUAACAUUUGCAAGAACCUGUGUCUAAUGUCAGGGAUAGUGAACAGGGCAAAAGUUAUAUAAGAACAAAAAUAUAUUUCUUAGAAAGAUGUAUAAAAUAUAGCUAUAACAUGAUAGCUACACCUCAUGUGUGUAAUUAUGUUGAAUGUAACAAUUCUAUCUGGAACAGGUUUGAAAUAAUUCAUAAACCUUUUGAUAGCACUUGGAUUUAUAUGCAGUCUCUGCAAACAUUCCUGAGUUAUCUAAUUAUUAAGUGGUUCAUAAUCUUAAUUUGGCAUGCUCUUUGAACUUUUAUAAAAAUUUCAUAAUUGCACAUCAGUGUGAAAGGGCUGACAGUUGCCUAGUUCAUGCCUAACUAAAAGACUUCUAUUAUGAAGAGUCCCAUUAAAUUCAGAAUGUAAAUAAACUAAUUACUGAAAAUCUAUUUUACUUAACUAUUGAGUGCCAAAACAUCAUCUUAAAUUUAUCAUGUCGAUGAACCUGUCUAUUCAUGUAAGAAAACUUUUUAACAUUAUAAUGUUCAAGUGACAAAAGACAUUCCCCAUGUUAGAUGUGACUUUGUUCCCACAUUUAGCAUUUCCAGUGAUGCACACAAUAUUGAUUUUGGCAUUACUUCAUACAUUUUUGUUUAAUAACCUAAAAUAGUUUGACAACCCCUUGUUAUCAAGGGCUAGCCAUAGUGCCAUAAAAAGAUCAUAGAAGAUAUUUUGAUCAUGUGUGUGCAAUAUAUCCUGAAAAGAGGAUGCUCAAACUGUUCUUCUCUGACUUCUUAAACACUGCCUUCAUCCUUUACACAGAGUCAUACAAUACUGUUUCCUCAAAUACUUUGCUAUAUAUAUAUAUAUAUAUA